AAAAUAAAUAUUUUUGAUAUGAAAUUUUUGUUUUCACUUUAUCACCUGUGAAUCUGUUUGUCAAUUAUGUAGUUAAUGUAUAUUAACAUAUUACAAUAAUACUUUUUACCAGUCAGUCAUUAUCAAAACAGAACCUGGAACAUCAGCACAUCAAGAGAGAACUAGCAAGUAAAAAAGGCCAAACGUAUAUAUGCCUCAGAAAGUAGAAAUGAGAAAAUCAAAAGGAUGAAAUAAUGUUGAAGCUUAAAAGAGUUACGAAAGUGAACGCAUCUGGCACCAAAGCGUCCGAUUUUCGAUCAUAUGAUGCCUGUAGCUAUAGAUCAGGGCUCUCACGCGAGUAUCUACUUAUAAUUCUUCACUUACCAAUAUCCUUCAAGGUAACAGUUUAUGUCUUCAGGAACUGAUACAUGUAGAUUUUUUCCUCACCUAUUCUCGUAUCAGGAAGUAUGGUGUGACAAGGCAGACUAUUUUGGCAUAUGUAACACAUGUCACACCCACCGUAGUCGAUGACAAUUCGGUUUCACCAACUGAUUUUUCAUUUCUACCUAUUACUCUCUGUCUAACUUAAACAUUAUUCACUAUGUAGUUUCACAAUAUGCAACUAACCCUUAGAAGACACCGAUGAUCAAAUACGUGAAGCUUGAGAAAUAGGUCAGUUGUAAAAUAAAACAAUGAACUGCGGUACAGUGUCUUAACCCAUUGGUUGGCACUUAGAUAUAUCGUCUGUUCAGCGGGUUGAUGAAAACCAAUUGAGCUUUCUGUGCCGCUAUCGAGAUUUCACCAGCCACUGUAUUAACUAGACGUUCAAAAUAAGUGUAUUCGACAUUAUCUACAUUUGCACUCCUUAUAGUUAAACAAAAUCUUUAUUUAAAAUUCUCGUCAGUUUUAGUAUUAGGCUGAGAAAUCAUUAAAAUAUCAUAUAGGCAUUUAAAUAAAUAAAAAAUGUACCUUUUUAUAAACAUUCAAUGACAGAUAUCAUGGGACCUAUCGAUUAACGGAGUUAGUACAUAAGAUUACAAUUGGAGAUGCGUUUCUUUCAAAACCUGAUGCAUGAUGAAAGAGUUCGAUUUUCUCUCCUUUGCUCUUUAUGACCCCUGUGUUUCGGAUGAGUAUCGAUGUUAAUAUCCUAAACGAAAUAUUAUUCAGACUAAUUACUCUAUGAAGAAUUCCCUUUCAUUCAUCAUGCACUGGGACAAUCAGCGACCGCAGCUUGUGUAAUAAAAAUUCGUCUCGAUGACGAACUAUACCUCGUGUCAAAAGCCAGUUUAAGCUGGACUCUUAUCUUACACAUAACGUACUUGGCAUGGUGGCGAAUCGAUUGGUCAGGUUGUAAUGAUUUACCGACUGAGAUGGUUGGGAUAUUUGUUAUGUAUGUUUGACCGUCACCUACUUCAACGAGCGAUGCCUGUUAAUGCAGAAGUGUGUUGGAAGAAAGAGGUGGUCUGACCAAAACCAUACAUCGGUCCAUAAAGUAUGAGUCGUGUUACUGAGGUUCACUUGAUAACUUCAAUCAGUCUUUAGAUGCACUGAAAGACUGAGCUCAGAAUCGUUCACUUUUUAUCUUCCUCUCGAUCUUCAAACCAGAGUCUCAAGGUUUAUUCUUUCUUUCUUAUGACUGCUAUUAUAUUAUUUAGAUUUUUUUAUUUUUAUGUGGUGGUACUACUAAUCAGAUAUCGCAACUUAGGACAACGAACAUUUAUUCCAGGCUCUAUGUUGAUUCUGUCUAUCUGUCGUUGACUAUGUACUUUAUUUUUGGCACAACUCUUUUCCAGAAUGCAAUAUUGUCCUGAACUAAUCGCUUUUUUAAUUUCAGGAAUAUUUUUCAUUGUAUGGAACUGAUAUUCAGGAAUUCUUCGCGUUUAUUUGUAUGCUUACUACUUUUUCGAUUUUUUAAUGCUUUAUUAAUACAAACAUCUUAUGUACCAGAUGAAUAUUGGCAAUCUAUUGAAGUCGCACACAAAUGGGUGUUUGGAUAUGGAACACUCACUUGGGAAUGGGAACCAAAAAUCGCACUUCGGAGUCCUGUUCAUCCACUUUUGAUUAGCUUCAUAUAUAAAAUGAUUGCAACUCUUGGUGCUGAUUCACAGUGGAUGAUAAUGAAAUCACCUCAAAUUCUGCAUGGUUUUUUUGCAGCUAUUGCUGAUUUUCACUUGUACAAACUUAUCAAACAGCUAUCUGGAUUUCAAAUAGCCAAAUGGACAUUGUUUCAUCAUGUUUGUAACUGGUUUACUAUAUAUUGUGCUCCACGAAGUCUAUCAAACUGUGUUGAAUGGUGUUUAUGCAUAAUUGGUUUAUCCUAUUAUCCAUGGAAUGUGGUAUGCCAAACAGAUCAACAGUUUAUUCAACUAACCGCAUCCAACUAUCAUAAUCAGUCGAAAUGGUUCAUUUUUAUUGCAGUAGUCUGUGUUCUAAUACGUCCAACAGCUUUGAUUAUUUGGUUUCCUUUAUGUUUUUGGCAUAUAUGGCGAAAGUGUAUGAUAGCUAGUACACUAGAUAAGGAUAAUAAUCAUGAUCUUAAAGAAUAUCAAAAGUAUUCUAGGACAAAAUGGUUUCUAAACCAUCUUAUCUAUCAGAUUGGAAUUUACUUAAGUAUAAUUGUGCCCUGUUUUGCUUUCUCUUGCGUUCUGGAUCGUUUGAUAUAUAAUCAGUGGAUAAUCAACCAGUGGAAUUUCAUUAAGUUCAAUAUUUUUUCUGGAGGAUCACGAUUUUAUGACGUCCAGCCUUGGCACUGGUACAUAUCCCAAGGAUUUGCAGCUAUGUUGUUAACGCAAACGCCUCUGGUGGUAACCUUUAUUGUAAUGUAUUUUAAAUAUGGUCCAUGUUUUGUAAGAGAUCUUACAGGAGAGAGAAAGAAGAUAGACUAUUCAAACAACUCUAGUAACCAGAUGUUUCGUGAUCCAUGUGGUUUGUGUAUUAUUGUUAUGAUAUGGACCAUAAUAUGUUAUAGUUUCUUGCCGCACAAAGAAUUCAGAUUUAUCUUCCCAUCAAUCCCGCUAGCUAUGUAUUUUUCUGGUAUUAUAUCGGUGUGGUUCGUUCGUUACGGAUUCAAACUAAAAUUUCUACACAAUCAGGAUAUCCGACGCCAAUAUUUGGUGUCAUUCAUCAUUUUGACACAUAUUCCAUUGGCAUUAUAUACAUGCUUAGUACAUCAGCGUGGUGGACUUGAUUCAAUAAAAUUUUUGAACCAACAAUUACUGAAAAAUCAGCCUGGAAAUGAGGUCGUAACUGCUCUGAACUUGAUGCCGUGUCAUACAGUCCCAUCAGUAGGAUAUCUACAUCGAAACAUUUCUUUUAAGCAACUGUCAUGUAAUCCAGAUUUGACAAAACUGGUAUCAGAUAGUUAUCAGUAUAACGAUGAGGCUGAGAUGUUCUAUGAAAAUCCGAGAUUGUGGUUGGAAAACUAUUACAUCUCGUUAGUGGAUGGAGCGAAUAGACAUUUCCAAAAACCACAGUUUAUAUUUAUGUUCGACCACCUGGUUAAUACAUACAAAUAUGUACAAACACUUUUAGUAUCUUGGGACUAUAAAUUAUGUAAAGAGCUGUUUUUCUCCCACAUACUAACUCAUUCUCGAUAUGGCCAAACCAUACGUGUUUACUGUCUAGAUUAUAUUUGAGUUCACUUUUUUAAUAGGAUUUCCCUUAUUUUUGUUUAAAAACUAACCGGACGAAAUAAAUUGGAAUAUUAACGUAUAAAACGACUAAAUCCUACGUUAUUCAUUUCAAGAUACACUGGAGUAUAAUGAAUUUCGGACUAAAUUUCAC